UGUUUUUAUUUUGGUUCUCCCGAAAUGAUAACAGAUUGUUUUGGAAAAUGAAAAGAAAUCUAAAAAAAUAUUAAAACAACUAAGAAAUUUAAUCAACAAAUAACUAGCAAUAAAUCUUAUUGAAACUAAAAUGACCAAGAUACCAAAAGCAGCACUUGGUUUAAAGCAGUUUAUGCUGCGCCAAGAGGUCCUGAAGCUCUACCGGGAAAUCUUUCGCACCAUCCGCCAAGUUCCCGACAAAAACAGCCAGUUGGAGCUGCGAUCCUGGGCACGACACGACUUCGAGACGAAUCGCCACCAAACUGACGAGGUUGCCAUUAAGAUGCUCAUCCAGCAUGGCAGGCGCAGCCUCACAGAACUAAGGACCAGCCUCCAGUUGAGCGGAGUAAGCGAGGGCAAAUAGGAACAAUCUUAGCUUAAUUUGAUUUUAUUUUUGAGCUCGACAACCGUACGAAAAUAAAUACGAGUUAGGACUACGGACUAAGACAAAA